GAAUAAACCGAUAGAAAUCAAACAGCGAAGUUGCUCGGAAAUCUCGCGGCAAUCUCAUCUUUUAAUCUUUAAGUAUGUAGUGUCAUUUGCUUUCACGCCCUAUUUUCUCUGAAAGUAUAGUCCAUAGUCUACCAGUGUAUUUUUUCCUCUAAAAUGGAAAACUUAAUAAACAUAUUCAAGUACGCUUACAGCCUCACUCACUCUUUCAUGCUAUAUUUUCUCUGUUCGCUGCCGAAAGCGGAUGAUCAUACAAGUUUGGGGACUGAUAAUGGAGCUGAUGAUCAUGGUGUUUCUGAUUCCAAUACUGAUCUUUCCGAUGGGGCGGCAGCGUCUCAAAACCGCCCUGAUGUCAAUAUUCCAAAGGAGGGCACUGCUCAAGAGCCUGUGCAAACCACCAGUGCUACCACAGUCAGGGGUAAUUCUGAGAAUUACCCCUUCAAGUUGGGGAAAAUAAUUGUGGUCCAGGCUUUCGAAGUCGCCCUGGCUCUGAUGAUUUUCCGGUUCCAGCCACAGGGUGUCGAUUCGUCUCCGGCUUUGUCUUCAUUCAUGUUUACCAUGGUUGGGGCGACCGUACUCUUCGGUUUCACGUUUACGUUGAUUGGGUUGAUGUUGCAGAAAGUCCACCCAGCUGUAGCAACAGUCUCUAGCCACGCCGGCAGUAUCUCGGCCGUGCUAGGGUUCUUUUUCAUGGUGGCCCUGUUUGUCCCCGAGCGCUUUGUUUGGUCGCUCUGCGCCUCUGCCGGCGUUCUGUCCAUGGUGUACGUUUAUUCCCUCGCCAAACCAUCGCAUAACACAUACUCAUCAACUCCAUUCUCUCUGUCAAACUGUUUCCCGUAGAUCUCCGGUUGCCUCUAAUUGUGGUUUUUCUAAUAUGCCACUGUUUGUUUACUUUACUUACAAUAAAAUAAAGUAAAAAUAAGGUAAGCACAGUACACAAACAGUGGCAAAUAAUCCGUUUGUUGGAACCUUGGAGAUGAUGUUAGUUUGUACUAAUAAACAAGGCUAGUCCUGUUAGCUAGAGUCCUGAGUAGGAGGUCUAAGGUCCCACUCUUUCCUCCUAUGUGAAGGUUGUCUUCUCAUUUACAGUUUUAUAUAUAUGCAAUAGUUUUAUUUA